UUCACUCCUCUUCGCCACGCUGUGUAACAGGCAACGGGAGAAAAAGCUCCCCGAGUGCUGCUGGAAGUUGAUGGCUAUGUGUGAUGCUCAGACCUCAACAUCGUUUUUCAAUCAGAGUUUUUAAGAUCUGCAUAUGCCAAUGGUUUUACCACACGUAGAAUGGGAUUAACUUGGUCCGGCAAAUAUAUCUCACUGUUUCUUGCUGUUCAGUUAGUUUAUCUGCUACAUGUGGUGAGAGCAACGGGGAAAUGUGAUACAGUAUUCAAAGGGUUCUCCAAUUGCUUGCUGAGACUGGGGGAGAAUAUGGCUAACUAUCCACAGGAGCUGGAUGAGAAGGAAAACCUACAGACCAUCUGCACAUAUUGGGAUGACUUCCACUCAUGUGCGACCACUGCGCUGGUGGAUUGCCAAGAGGGAGCCACAGACCUAUGGGAGAAGCUCAAAAAGGAGUCCAGAAACUUAGAGUUCCGAGGGAGCUUGUUUGAACUCUGUGGCGGGGGGAACGGGGCCUCCAAAUCCACAGUCGCUUUAGGUCUCAUCAUACUUCUAACGGCACUUUCCGCCUUAGUGACUUGGCUUGCAUUUUAGCAAAAACAAACAAAGAAGAAGAUAAAGGGGGAAAAAUGCUAGCUAUUGACACAAAAAUACAAAACAAAAGAGACGUUUGAAUUCAUUUACACCCAAAUGGAUUAUACUUCAUCCGGGGAAGGCGACCUGAUUUUGCUAGAGACAUUGGCGGGUCGUCUUCCGGGACUGGUGCACCAUAUUUCUCUGACCUGGGGUCAAUUACAUUAAAUAUUUAGCAGGUAUUGAGUUUAAAUUAUGAUGACAUUUAGAUGGAUCCUCGCCCGGUUACUAUUAAAGUCGACGAUGAAUUAUUUAUAUUAGUAGCCUAGGCCUUGACAUCUGUUAUUUCAGGUGAUUGCAAACUGCUCAUACUCUGUAGGCUAAUGCGAGGCGCGCUUAGCCCAACGAAAUCUCCAGAUCGGUCUCCAAUAUUCACCGUUUAGAUAUGUUAUUUACUUUACUUUGCGAAAUGUAUCAUGUCGAGCCAAGUAUAAAUGGAAAGGGUUGUUUGAGGAUAUGACGUUUCUACUUUCACACGAUGCUAAUAGCCUAACUAUCACCCUAGAAAAAAAUACAUGUAAAAUAGCAUAGUAAUAAGAAUGAAAAAAAGAGUACUCUGAUUGAAAAAAAGAGUGCAAGCAUUCAAUGGUAGUUUGGUUAUUACGUGAAAAGUAAGCGUAUGGCAACAUGAUGACAAAGUUGGUCAAUGUAGAGAACGAAAACAGUGGCCGGAGAGUGAUAUGACUGUUGCCAUUAUGUUGGCACUUUACCCAUCAAUUUACGAACAAAUAGAAGCUACCCAUGGGGUAUAGUGUACAUGAAACCAUACUUUCCCAAAGUAGGCUACAGUAGCACGAGAAUACUCGGAACGCGAAAUCAAUAGCUGGAUGAAAAGAAAUUAAGCUAGCUGUAUUUGAUGUUGCAUAGACCACUUUUUACUGCCUUCAAAAUAUGUGUAUUAUGUUUGUUUGUUUUUGGGGAUGUUGCAUAUAACACUUCACUAUUUCAAAUCAUGUAAGUAAAUAAGAGACUAUGUAUAUCAAAGGAAUUUUGAAAAGAUAGAUACUAAUACUUUAUCCCAAACAUUUUUAAAAAUAGAUUGAUUAUUAUAUAACAAAUCUGAUUGCUAAAAGUACGACGAAUAUUAAAUAAAACAGUUCAUGUUUGAAAAUAAGUGUGUGGUUCAGAUUUGAACAUGUUACUAUUUGUAGUUCUGUUCCAAAAUGUGUAGCCUACAGUAUGCUGCCAAAAUGUGUACAUUGGUAGUGUGUAAAUCAUCCUAGCUGAUUUUGACCUAACUCAAUGAUGUUGACAGGUGUCUUUGGCAACAACAUCUUUGGAUGUUGGGUUCAUUCAUGGCUUUGAAGCAAACGAGAUGAAGCAGUCAAUCAUUUAGUAUUCACUCGAACACACACACACACGCACGAACGCACGCACGCACACACACACACACACACACACACACACACACACACACACACACACACACACACACACACACACACACACACACACACACACACACACCGAGUCACUUCAUUGAUUUAGGGAGAGAAAGCAAGAGACCAUACUGCUGUUUGUCUUUCUGGGCAAAAACGUAAAAUCUCAAAGCGACUGGCUACUGUGGCUAGGAAAAACAGAAACUGGCUAGGAAAAAUAGAAACAUUGAAACAGGCUACAGUAUUUAGAAGAAAAAUACUGAUUUAAAUAUGUCCAAUAAAGCAUCCUAAUGUGCAAAAGAUGACUUGAAAUCGAGAUUAGGAGUGGCAGGCGACAGGCGUCUGCGUUGCGUGAACCUUAACGAUUAAUAAAACAAUAUGUCCCUAAGGAA